GGUUAAUUGUGACACCGGUCACUAGUCUCACUACUAAAAUUGAUCUUUCACUCACACAAUCAAAACUCAAGAAGAGAGAAUUAAACAAUGGCACUACGAUCGAUCUUCACCGCCGUCACCCGCAAAUCCUCCACCGUAUUCACCGCCUCUAACUCUCUCUCCGCCGCCGCGCGCAACCUUACCUCAGCCGCCGAAUCACUUCCUCAACACCAAAUAAUCUACCCACAUCUGAAAUGCGGUAGCGAUUCCUUCUUCGGAAUCGGCUACGGAGAAGCUAAAGAGGACUAUUACGAGCUGAUAAUGCGGGUCGAUUUCCCGGGUAUUUCAGAAAACGGGUACAAGGUUUGGGCCGAGAACAACGAAGUGGUUGGAUUCUAUGGAAAACAAAGCUCAAAGCAUAAAUUCGAGAGUCGGUUGACCCCUAAUCGGGUGUACAAGGGCUGGUUUGGUGUUAACCCGGAGACGCACGACACAGGCCGUGUGAAAGCUGAGGUUGUGCACGGGGUGCUCGUGAUGAGGGUUCCUCGCCGUGUGCCGGGGCCGUUUAGUCGGGGUGACUGGUUUGUUUUAAAAUUUGGUAAGUAUAAGAUGAAACAUGUAUUAGGAGAUUGGGAUGAUAUUAACCCAGGGGAGAAGUAUAGCUCAGUUGAGAGUGCAGAGGUUGAGACUGACGAAGAUUAUUCGGAUUGAAAGGGUUUCGGGGUUUAAUUAUAUUUUGGGUGUUGUUUAUAGUGUUUAGAUGUUUGUAAUAGUUAUGAAAAUGGACGUGUUUUGGGGUAUAAUCUUGUUUACGGGUAAUGAAAUUGACAUAAUUUAGAUGUCUGAAUGUGUAAUGAAAUUAUAAAGUUUAAUGAAAUGAACAAUGAGUGGAAGUUUCGUUCAAAAAAAAAAUGAAAAUUGACAUGUUUUGGGGUAGAAUUUCGUUUAUGGGUAGUGAAAUUGACAUAAUUUAGAUGUUUGAAUGUGUAAUGAAAUUAGAAAGUUUAAUGAAAUGAAAGUUUUGUUC